AUGGAGUGGUGGGUCCUGGAGGAUUUUGAGCUGGUACUUGAGAUACCGCAUACUGUGCAGCAGAGCAUGUCAAGUGAAAGCAGACCAGUGCUAGGCCACACAAUACCUGCAUUUGAGGUGUUAUGGCACAAUGGAAGCAGUUUCACAGCCAUAUACCUUGGCUUAUGUUGGGCAAGGGAGUACUAUGAUCGCAUGGGCCAUUCUUGUGCAUACUCUGUUGCGAUGUUUGUUGACCCUUGCAUUGCGCUGACGUGGAUCGAAAAAUAUUGGGAUCCAGACCUUGUCAUGGAUGUGAAAAACAAUAUCAAAUCAUUGAUGGAAGAGUACCGGGCUGAAAAGCCCCAUUUGGCACCGCAACAGGCAACCUGUCCUCAGCAUCAUGGCACAACACUCGCCACAAAAUACGGCCUGCCAGGGAUGAAACAAACCGCAGCCCCAAAGGCACAGAUCCCCUUGCAUUUUGGGAGGUAA